CGCUAGCGGUCACGGGACCCAUGACUGCCGCAGAGCUGGAAACACUGGCGCUCCCCGAGCGGUAUAUCGUGUCCAAGUGCCACCGUCUGGUGGAGGACGUCACGAUGGGUCUGCAGGGGUACGACAUGGGAGACGCGGGGAAGAACAUUUACGAGUUUCUGUGGGACGAGUACGCUGACUGGUACAUCGAGGCCAGCAAGACGAGGAUCGGCAGCUUCGCCGCCGGCGGCGACGGCGAGGAGGCCGAGGUAAGAGCGAGGAGCUCCCGGCGGACGCUCGUGUACGUGUUCGACACGUGCCUCCGGCUGCUGCACCCCUUCAUGCCCUUCGUCACUGAGGCGCUGUGGCAGCAGCUGCCGAGGACGGGGGAGGCGCUGAUGGUGGCCCCGUGGCCCAAGGUGGACGACGCGCCGCUCGCGGUGGACGAGCUGGCGAUCGGCAGGUGA